UUCCCAACCGCAUACAAUUUCUACGUUGAAAAUUAUGGUUCAAAUAGAGAUCACGUUUUUUUUUCCACUCCGUCUGACUAAUUGCAACAGGUGAGACCCACAAAAAAAACUAUGUGGAGAAGUCGAUUAGCUGUCAUCAUCGACAGGGGGGUUGAUCGAUCUUCAUUCUUCCUCCUAACCAUAAGAUUUCUACCCAAACCUAGAGAUUAAAGAAAACUGCCUAUCAUGGAUCGUAUUCGCGAGAAAAUGAGAACCCUCCAGACGGAGGCCGACACAGCGCAAUCCGAAGUGGAAAAGCUCACGGCAAAAAUUCAAGAACUCGAGCAGGAUAAUCAGAGCAAGGAUGAAGAGAUUGCGACGCUCUCAACCCGCCACCAAGUGCUCGAGGAACAGGUUGAAGAGACUGAGAAGCUAGUCCGCGAGGUAAAAAGACUAUUCAACGAGGAUGAUAUCCAGGCCGGUCAUUAUGAGCGUCGUGCCCAAGCGCUUCAGGCCGAUUGCGACCAGUGGGAGGCCAAGUAUAAAGACAUGGCCGCCAAACAUGCCGAGCUUCAGAAGAACCUCGAUAGCUUGCUUGGCGAGAUGGGCGACGUAUAAGCAUAGGCCAUUUUGUACUAUAAAAGAAUCAAUUACUAUUUUCAAUCUCCCAGGGAAAUC